AUGUCCUGCCAACAGAACCAGCAGCAGGCUCAGGCCCCUCCCAAGUGCCCAUUGCCUAAGUGCCCAUCGCCCAAGUGCCCCCCAAAGAGCCCAGCAGGAUGUCUGCCUGCAGCCUCCUCCUGCUGUGCUACAAGCUCUGGAGGAUGCGGUGGGCCCAGCUCCUCUGAGGGGGGCUGCUGCCUGGGCCACCACAGGAGGCGCAGGUCCCACCACCGCUGCAGGCGUGGAAGCUCCAGCUCGUGUGAGCGUGGCAGUGGUCAGCAGUCGGGGGGCUCUGGCUGUGGCCAGGGCUCUGGGGGCUGCUGCUGA